AUGUAUGUAUGUAUGUAUAUGUGCAUUUUAUGUACAUACAUGCAUAAGUACCUGGAAGCUUAUUAAUUUACGAAGUUUUAAGAAAAGAAUAUUGGAAAUCCGGUUUUCCUCUUUAAAUAAAGUUUAAUCCUCGUAAAUUUCAUGAAAUGGGUAAUUGCUUAAAAGCUAGCACUUUAGAUGACAUUUCACUUUUACGCGGCAAUGACAGUACUAACGGGCCAAUCAGCGGGACACAGUCAAUGUAUCAUCAGGACGAGCAUUAUCAACGAGAACUUUACCCUUCCACGUUGGCUUCGGCAACGCGUACGCCAUCUUCCAAUAAUCGUCAACUUUCCGAUGAAAAUCAAGUGAAAAUUGCAAAGCGUAUUGGAUUAAUGCAGUACUUGCCAAUAGGAACAUACGACGGGAGCUUGAAAAAGGAACGAGAAUGUGUUAUUUGCAUGGCUGAAUUUUGUGUUAAUGAAGCUGUGCGUUAUCUUCCUUGCAUGCAUAUUUAUCAUGUUAAUUGUAUAGAUGAUUGGUUGUUGAGAAGUCUUACUUGUCCCAGUUGUUUAGAGCCUGUUGACGCUGCCUUACUGACGAGUUAUGACUCGGCAUAGCGUUAUGAAAACAAUAAUUUUUAAUUUUCUUCUGUAAUGUGUUUUGGGAUAACAAUAUAUCUUUUGCUUUCCAGGUAUAAAUUAUUAUUUUAUAUAUUUAAAUUGUUUAUUGUUUUAUCAUCGAAACGUGUUAUAAUAUUUAAUUCAUUUUAGACUAAACUAAAAUUAUCCAUAAUUGCAAUGCUGGGGAACUUAAAAAUUUGAAACCUAAAUUAGUUUGUGUACAUAUUUAAAUUGUUUAACCAAUAAGAAUUCGAUAAUCGGUAUUAAAUUAGUCGUGAUUUAA